AUGGCCAAACGUGAAACUAUCGUGCAUUGGUUCCGGAAAGGUUUGCGUAUUCACGAUAAUCCAGCACUUUCGAUUGCUGUGGAUAAAGUGCGAGAACAUCCCACCAAAUAUGCCCUCCGGCCGGUAUUCGUGCUUGAUCCUGGCAUUCGCAAAUGGUUGCGCGUGGGACCAAAUCGGUGGCGGUUUUUGCAACAAACGCUGGUAAAUCUGGAUGAAAAUUUGCGUUCCAUUAACUCGAGGCUGUACGUAGUGCGUGGCAAUCCUGUGGAAAUAUUUCCUAGACUCUUCGCCGAAUGGAACGUGUCGUUGUUAACAUUCGAGCAUGACAUUGAACCGUACGCUGUAAAACGUGAUAAAACCGUCGAGGAUCAGGCAAAGAAGCACAAUGUGAAGAUUCAUGUGGAAAAAUCACACACUAUCUUUGAUCCCGAUACGAUCGUGAAGAAAAAUGCUGGCAAGCCGCCACUGACCUUCCAAAAGUAUGCAACAGUUGCGUCUGCUUGCAAAAUACCGCAAGCUUUGCCAGCACCUAAAAAACUUCCCCCCAAUUAUACUGCCCCUGAGCCGGAUAAGGAGGAGAGAAAAAAUUCCAACUGUUACAUUUCCCCCACUAUGCAAGAACUGGGCGUGAAGGAAAGUACGUUAGACGAAUGCAAGUUUCCGGGCGGAGAAACGGAAGCUUUGCGCAGGAUGGACGAAUCCCUCAGUCGAAAGUCGUGGGUGUGCAACUUCGAGAAGCCAAACACCUCACCAAAUUCUCUCGAACCAUCUACCACGGUUCUGAGUCCGUACCUGAAGUUUGGAUGCCUGAGUGUGCGUUUAUUCUACAGUCGUGUGUCGGAGAUUAUCAAAGGCCAGAAACACUCGCAACCUCCAGUAUCGCUGAUCGGUCAGAUAAUGUGGCGCGAGUUUUAUUACUGCGUGGCAGCUGUAACUCCCAGCUUCGAUAAAAUGGUCGGAAACAGUGUAUGUUUGCAGGUCGAUUGGGACACUAACCAGGACCAUCUGGAAGCGUGGACCCACGGGAGAACGGGUUAUCCGUUCAUCGACGCCAUCAUGCACCAGUUACGCCAGGAAGGUUGGAUACAUCAUCUUGCCCGCCAUGCCGUUGCUUGCUUCCUGACGCGUGGCGAUCUCUGGAUAUCGUGGGAAGAAGGACAGCGAGUUUUCGAAGAAUUGCUGCUGGAUGCCGACUGGGCAUUGAAUGCUGGCAACUGGAUGUGGUUGUCGGCCUCUGCCUUCUUUCAUCAAUUCUUCCGCGUCUACAGCCCGGUGGCAUUUGGCAAAAAGACCGAUCCGGAGGGAAAGUUUAUCCGCAAAUACGUACCGGAGCUGGCACGCUUUCCCGCCGGAAUCAUCUACGAACCGUGGAAAGCGAAUCUCGAAACGCAGAAGAAGCUGGGUUGCAUUAUCGGGAAAGAUUAUCCACGCCGGAUAGUUGUCCAUGAGGAGAUAUCGAAGGUGAAUAUACAACGCAUGUCUGCCGCUUAUAAGCGCAACAAGGCACUAAAAGAACACGAUCUGGACGGUGACAGUGCACCAGGUGCCAGUUCGACAGGAAAAAAGCGUCCAGCGACGACAAAAGCGAGUGCGGCCCCCAAGAAACGAAAGCUUGAGACCACCAUUGAAAAGUUCUUGAAAAAGAAGUAA